GGCUGGUGGAUGUGUGUCGGUAAAUAAUAAUAAAGGCUUUAGCUUUGACUGCUAAUGAAGAGACUUUAAACUGUUUUUGCAAGGUAUUCUAUAUAUACAAAGCAGUUAAUUAAUAGAGCACAGUCUUGUGUACCAUUCUAGGUAUAAAGAUGCACAUUGGUUGAAUGUGACAGAGCCGAUGCUAACUAGCUAUAUGUUGCUAGCGGUAUUCAUCCACCGAGACGACUAUAUGCAUCAAACUACAACCUGAGCUGCGUGUGGGGUCAGUUUGUAACGUGCACUUACGCCACUGAAAGCUUGAUUUAUGUAAAAAAAAAUGUCAGCACAAAAAGACUGCGAGUUUCUGGUGAAAAGAGCUCGGGAGCUGGUCCCAGAUGACCCCUGUGCGGCCAAAGCCUGGCUCAUAACUGCCAGGACCCUUUACCCCGCAGACUUCAACAUACAGUAUGAAAUGUACACCAUUGAACGCAAUGCCGAAAGGACAGCUUCUGCAGGGAGACUGCUGUAUGACAUGUUUAUAAACUUUCCAGAUCAGCCCAUUGUGUGGCGUGAGAUUAGUGUCAUCACCGCAGCCCUGCGCAGUGACUCUCCGGACAAACAUGCACAGUUCCUACGAGGGCUUUUUGAGACACUGCCAGGCCGUGUACAGUGUGAGAUGCUGCUGAAAGCCACAGAACAGUGUUUCAACACUUUGGAGAAGGCAGAGAUGCUGCUGCUGCUACUGAAGCGCUUUCCGGAGUCUGUGGUCCAACAUGGGGUCAAUCUAGGUGAGACAUUGUUGGAGGCAGAGGUAUCAGAGAAUGUGGAGACUCCUGUCAACUGCUUCAGAAAACUUUUUGUGUGUGAUGUCCUUCCUUUGGUGAUAAACAACAUGGACAUGCGCCUGCCUGCCAGCCUGAUGCAGAAGUACAUGCUGAAAGCUGCUGAAUUCUACAUUGGCUAUGUUACCCGUGGACCCUCGCCUGAUGUGCAGAUACAGGGCUCUCAAGAAGGUGGCUCUCUGAAGUCUCCCAGUGUGUCCCGUGGCUCCCAGCGUUACGUGAUUGAUGGCCUGUCAGAGAAGUCAUCAGUGGUGGCUGAACCUUGGGAGAGGCUGUUAGACAUCCUGGCUGUGGUUGGAGCACGCUGUGAGUGGCAGGGAGACAAAGGACAGAGGAGUUAUGUGGACAUGCUGCAGAGAGUAAAGGAGCUGUGCCGGUACCUACCAGGACUAGAGGGAGACACCAGGUCCCGCUGCUGUAGUCAGGUGGUCAUCUGUGCUGCACUUGUCCUCUUCCGCAGCGCCUUCCUGUAUGUCUCAGCUGUACAGCCUGCACUGUUUCAGGGUGUGAAUGCGUUAAGUUCGGGGCCGUGGAUCCUUGUAGAGGAUUUGAGCUCGGUGUAUAAUGAUGUGGAGGCGGAGAGAGGAUCAGUGAAACAUGCACAUAAGAAACGCAAAUUGGCAGAUGGGAGAGAGAAGACUAUGAGCUCGGAUGAUGAGGAAGGGCUGGGGAAGGGUCGCGGUCGACAUAUCAUAGUGAACAAGACUGAGAUGCCCAGCUGGUCAGAGACUUUGGAGAGCUUCCGCACAGCCAGGGAAAGCUGGGAUCUCCUCCAUUCCCACGACAGCCUGGAAACUGAAUUCAAGAAGAUCUGUGCCUCAUGGAAGACAGACAGCUGGCUGUGGUUCAGAAUUUUCCUCAGUGACAUGAUCAUAUAUCAGGGACAGUACCGUAAGGCCCUCUCCAGUCUGCACCAGAUGGCUGCUGUGCAGCAGCCUCAGCCUGGGCAGCAGAGCCCCUCAGGUCAGACCAGUCUGGAGCACCACAGGGCCCUUAUACAGCAGGCCUCCUGCCACUAUGCACUGGGAGAAUACAGGAUGGCCUGUGAGAAGCUUCUUGAUGUCGUCAGUGGGCUGGUACCCUCAAACCACGAAUCAACAAAGACCCCAGAAGAUCAGGGUAGAGUCAAGACUAAAACGAGGAAAGGUAAUGACCUGAGAUUGCUUCCCUGUACCAGCAAAGCUGUCUUACCUUUCUGUCUCCAGCUGAUGUUGGCUUGUUUCAAGCUCCGUGCCUUCACAGACAAUCGAGACGACUUGUCACUUGGUCAUGUGGUAGUGCUGCUGCAGUACGACUGGCCACAGGGCGAGAUGCUGUUUCUAAAGGCCGUGGAUAAGAUCUGUCAGCAAGGCAGUUUCCAGUAUGAGAAUUUCUUCAACUAUGUCACCAAUAUUGACAUGCUGGAGGAGUUUGCAUACCUGCGUACACCAGAAGGGGGGAGGAUCCAACUGGAGCUACUGCCCAAUCAGGGAAUGCUGAUCAAACACCACACAGUGACUCGAGGAAUCACCAAAGGAGUGAAGGAGGAUUUCCGUCUGGCCAUGGAGAGGCAGGUGUCACGUUGUGGAGAGAACCUGCUCAAUGUGCUGCACCGUUUCUGCAUUAACGAGAAAAUCAUCAUCAUCCAAUCUCUUCCUUGACACCUGGCCUAUUAGCUUUGAACCUUUUUCAUAGAUGAGAUUUGAGGCACACUUUUAAUGCAGGUGGAGUGACUUUUUGACCCCUACAGCUCUCUCUCAACACAGGACACAAUUUUCUAGAUUUCUUGUCUUUACCAUCCAGAAAAGAACAAGACUGUACAUUCUUUUUGCCUUAAAAAGUGGAGUUCUCUAGAGAGUUGGAGAAAAUACUUGUUCUCUACAGUAAAUACACAGCGCUGAUGAAAUUUUGUUUAUAGUACGUAUUAGUAGUUUUUUUUUUCUUUACUGGUACAAAGUUGGGAUGAGUUAAGGUAACAUAACAUUUCAAGUUUCUUUCAUCAUUUCAUCAUAUUGUGCUGUUUUGUGGGACUCAAUAUUGACAAAAGAAUCACAUGCAUUUUUGAUAUUCUUGGUGUAAAGUUUAUUGUUUUUGUUACAGACUUGAUUAAAUUGUUGGUUUGUAUAAAUAUU